CUGCAGUCCAGCUUCAGCGAGUCCGGACUGGCUGUUGGGGCGUGGCGAGGUGCUGGGCCAGGGCGGCCUGGGGCCAGCCCGCCGUCCCUGCUGGGGAAUCUGCGGAGGCAGAAAGCGGCUGGGUCAGGUCUCCAAUUCAAACCUGCCCGAGCUCCUCGCGCUGGCCUCCUGGACUUGCAGAAACUGGAGGGAACGCAGAGGGCUUUGGGGGUCGUGGCCACAGCACAGGCCGGGUGAAGGGGGUUCCUGGAGGAAGCCAGUUCCCUUGGGAACUGGGGACCGCGGGCGUUGCCUGGAAGCCAAGUCUUGUGGGACCCGGUAGUGGUGGUGGGGUGAUCAGGGCCCGCAGUUAUUUGGGGAGUUGCCCCCCUUCUCAGCACUUUCAGGGGCUCCACUGGUGUAGGCCAUCCUUGGGCCCAGUUCUGGGGCCAUAAUGCCUGCUCUUCACAUUGAAGAUUUGCCAGAGAAGGAAAAGCUCAAGAUGGAAGUUGAGCAACUUCGCAAAGAAGUGAAGUUGCAGAGACAGCAGGUGUCUAAAUGUUCUGAAGAAAUAAAGAACUAUAUUGAAGAACGUUCUGGGGAGGAUCCUCUGGUGAAAGGAAUUCCAGAAGACAAGAACCCCUUCAAAGAAAAAGGCAGCUGCGUCAUUUCGUAACUCUGGGGAGAAAUGUUAUUCUCAGUAGAAGAGUGAUUUUUUUUUCUGUGUUAUUUUCCCCUACAUGCCUUGUAAAGAAGAAAAAUAUAACUUGAAAGGAGACUCCUUAAAGCACUCUAUCCAUAGGCUGAUGCAUAACAAUAUCUGUUUCUCAUCAUUGUUCACUAUACCCCCUCUGUAAGAGGACAGAUCACCUGAUGUACAAUCACAGAAUUAAGGACAUUACUUCUGCAUGACUCAUUUCUUUCAUCAUAUUGCUUGAUGCUUCAAAUAAAGUUUGUCUUGAAAAUA